UUGUUUAUUUCCGUUGCAUAAAGGAAGUAGCUCGUUGGGUCUUGUGGAGGUGACCGAAUGGCAGAUUUAUUCUGUCAAUCUUGAAUUAGUUCUCCUAGAGUCGUAGGAAACACCGAUUAUUUUAUUUUUAUUGUGAAAAAAUACCGUUAGCACCAUGGGAGCUCACCUCGCGCGGCGGUAUAUCACCGAGACGGAGACCGAGCCUGACCCUGCGAAACCGUUUGGCUUUGACCCCGAAUUCGGCUUCGAUGAGAGGAAAGAGAGAGAGAUGGUGGCCACCCAGGCCCAGAUGAACCUGGCCCAGGUCCCUGUACUCCAGAGGGACUACUGCGCCCACCACCUCAUCAAGCUCAUGAAGUGUAAGAGGGACAACUGGCCCAACUUCCUGGCCUGUAAACACGAGAGGCACGACUGGGACUACUGCGAGCACCAGGACUACGUGAUGCGUAUGAAGGAGUAUGAGCGGGAGCGACGGCUGCAGAUGAGGAAGAAGAGGGUGGAGGAAGCCCAGGCAGCUUGAGCUUCAUCAUCAUGACCUCUAACCCCCCGACCCCUCUGUGUACAUACCUGCUGCUCUCCACAAUAAAGACCUUUUGAGCUCCACUACUCGA